GGAAAGUAGUGAGGUGCCCAGACCUCUGGCUUCUAUGUUCCAGAAUAUAUCACUUAGACCAGUCAGUGCUCAUAGAGCCUGGAGUUCCAGAAUGCCCCUAAUUCUGAAGACCACAGGAUGAAUCUGGAGCAAGGCAUCAGCUAUAAGAGCUUGUGGGUGUCAUGAUGCUGGCUCGGGGCACUAUGUUAGUGAUCUGGGCCACAUUGAUUGUUGCCAGCGUGGAUGCCAAGAUUUAUGAACGUUGUGAGCUAGCAAAGAAGCUGGAGAAGGCAGGACUCGAUGGUUACAGAGGCUACCACAUUGGAGACUGGCUAUGCAUGGCACACUAUGAGAGUGGCUUUGACACCUCUUUCGUGGAUCACAAUCCUGAUGGCAGUAGUGAAUAUGGCAUUUUCCAGCUGAACUCCGCCUGGUGGUGUGACAAUGGUGUCACACCCACACAGAACCUCUGCCACAUGGAUUGUCGUGAUCUGCUCAACCGACAUAUUCUGGAUGACAUCUUGUGUGCCAAGCGGGUUGUGAAUGUACCAGGAAGUAUGAAGGCCUGGGAUUCUUGGACCCGGCAUUGCUCUGGUCAUGAUUUAUCUGACUGGCUCAAGGGGUGUGAUACGUAUGCAAAAACAAACCCAAGGAACUUCCAUCAUUAUCCCUUAAGUUCACAGGGAUAAAGAUUUUCUUUUCCUGUCUUUUUUUUUCUUUUGUGGAUUUAAUAAAGAUGUUAUA